GGUGCGAAUCAAAACAACUGCUUAAGAUUUUUAAAUUUCAAGUUCRAUUAAUUUGACAUUGAAUUUUUCUUGAAAUUAUAGCUGCCACGUUUUUCCGUUACAAAUAUAGAAACGUCURUUAAUAUUGACRAUGAUAAUAUAAUAUGUAAUAAUAUUAUAUAUUGUUAUUGUUAUCGUCGUAAUUUAAUUACACUGUACUCGGUAGUGUCGGAAUUUUUUUAUUAUUAUUUUUUUCACUCGUUCUUUUACUCUCAGUGACCGCGAGUGAAAGUGAACGUGUGUGCUGCGUGGUGUGAGAUAGAAAAUUUAAUAAUCAUAAUACUACCUACUACUGCAUCGAAUAAUAAUAAUAACAAUAAUAAUAAUAAUAAAUAUAACAACGACGACUGAGCGGCGCGUGUACCUACAGAAAGAAAGUGCAUACGCUCGUUCCGUGACAUUGUAUACACGCGCAGGAAUCCAAGGUAAACUGCUGCUGUUACUCCUGUUAUUGAAGUGAUAGUUUUUCGAGCGAUAUACGCGCGAAUACUAUUAUUAUUAUUAUUAUUAUAUUAUUAUUUGCUCGGGCCAAGCCCUAUUCGCCGUAUUGCAUAUAUCGUACACACGUACGCGCCGAGUUCGCACACGCGCGGGUGAAAGAAGAAAGUGGCCAACACGCAAGCAUAUCAUAAGAUUCGUGGCGCGCAUAAUUCCUCCGGUAUUCGUCGGUCGUCGUCAAAACCGUCACUCGUCAUCGUCUCCGUCGUCUCCAUCGUCGUCGUCAUCAUCAUCAUCAUCGUCAUCAUUGUCAUCAUCUUCAUCAUCAUCGGAUGUUACGCAACAACGACGGUUGUAUAGUAGUCAUCGUCGUUUUUCACCGGAGCCUUACGGGUCAAUGUCGUAUCGCCGGAACGUCACCGAAACACCACGACAACCGCGACAGAUCAUCGUCAUAAUAACGUUGUAACGCGGUGUACUACGGACGACCACGUAUUAUAAGACUAUAACAAAACGGCGACGACGACGACAUUAUAACUACAUCGUUUUAUCGUUCAUAACGAUAAAAAUCGCGCGAAUCGUUUAAUACGAGCGCGUUGCCAUGAGGUCACACUCCAUAAUCGUCAGUGUCAUAGUGAUGCAGUUGUACUGCAACAGUGCCUCGUCGUCCGGCAGCCACGUGGAUUCCACCGCGGUCGACUCGUCCGAUGCAGCGCAUUACGUGCCGCCAGUCCUUAGAUCCACCGAUCGGCAGAGUCAGCGGAUAAAUGGCGACGCGGACGGAGGUUUAGACGGCGGCGGUGACGACCACCACGUCAACGACAGAUCGGACGCGUACGACGGUCACCGUCGUACCGUCAACACGUAUCAUCACGUCAGCGACGGCACGUCUUCGUCGGCCACCGACGGGGGCGGUUGGAUCAUCGGCAGCAGCCGUCGACGGGCGUCCGCUGGCGUGCACAAGUACCACCAGGACAAGGUGGCGUUCGCGGGUGAGUCGGACGACAAGCGGCGGGAACCGGCAGACGACAAGCAGCAGUGGCCGGUGGUCGUCACCGGAUCGGAAGCCGCGUCGUCGCUGUCCGAAGUACAGGUGGUCGUGCACCAGGCGCCACAUCUAAACUCGGUGGUCGACGGCGAUCAGCAGCAACCGUCGUCGGACGUGGCGUCCAAGUGGUACUCGAAACGGUUGUCGUACGCGACCAAGACGUCUCCAGCGGCCGUGUCGGCCACUGCUCCGCCGUCGCUGUCGUUGCAGCAGCAGCAGCAGCCGGAUGCCGCGGGAAGCAACGCCGUGCUGUUGGCAGAAGUGCUCGGUCAAAAGUCCGGUUUCAACACCACCGCCGGUAAGGGUGGCUACUACGGCGGACCAACCGUCACCGGUUCCAAAGGCUUUCAAAACGAUCUCAUGGACAUGUUGGGCAAAAUGAUACCUCAGACUUGUUGGUACAACAGCAACAAAUUCGAUUGCGGCCUUAGCAUUUCGUGCGUGCUCGAGGGCGGCAAACCAGUGGACUUGUGCAGUGGAGGCAUGAUAUGGAGCUGUUGCGUGUCCAGAGACAAAAUUCAGACAUCCGGAUCUUCUUCGUCGUCGUCRUCAUCCGUGACGGCGGCUUCGAAUUCGGUGGGAACAAUAGAAAAUGCUACCAUACAGUUCCUGAUGCAAUACCCCGAAUUCCAACAUCACUAUAACAUGUAUAUGCAACAACAACAUCAACAUCAACAGCAACAACAUUUGCAAAUACAACAACAACACAAUCACAACCAUCAGCCCGCGACGGUGGCGAGUUACGUGGACAACUACAUCAACGACAUAAGUCCGUCAUCGCAGUCUUUCGUCGCCGAUCAAACGGCCAAACCAUCGUACUAUUAUCAACAAGAGCACCAGCAUUACCACCCGUAUUACUAUCAGCACCAUCAGAAUUCCGCCGGCGGCCAUUGGCAGAUCAAUAGCGCCGGGGCAGUCAGCAGUUCUUCGACCAGCACGACUUUACCACCCACGCCACAAAAUUUGAUGUUCCACAGCGAUCACGGAAACGUGUUUUAUUCCACGCAUAAACCACCUCAACUGGCGCCGUUCUCUCACAUCACUCAAAUUGGCAGCGGCAUCGUUGCCGACGAUCAACUGCAGCAGCAACAGCAGCAACAACAACAACAACUGCAACUGCAGCAACAGCAACCGCAACAGCAACAGAGCCAAUUGUUGCACUACAUGCCGUCUGGAUAUCGCGGUUGUGGAGAGCUAUAUGCAAGAAGCCAUAGAAUUGUAGGUGGACAUGGAUCAAACUUUGGUACACAUCCGUGGCAGGCUGCUAUCAUUAAAUCAGGGUUUUUGUCAAAAAAAUUAUCAUGUGGAGGAGCUCUUCUGAGUAAUCGAUGGGUAGUUACUGCUGCACAUUGCGUGGCCACAACGGCGAAUAAUAAUUUAAAAGUACGACUUGGUGAAUGGGAUGUACGUGAUCAAUCAGAAAAGUACGCACAUGAAGAAUUCAACGUGGAACGCAAAGAAGUACAUCCACAAUACAGUCCGACAGAUUUUCGUAAUGACGUCGCUUUAGUCAAAAUUGACCAUGACGUAACAUAUAAACAGCACAUAAUUCCAGUGUGUUUACCAAGCUCAGCUGCUAAAUUGGUUGGCAAGACAGCUACAGUAGCUGGUUGGGGUCGUACAAGACAUGGAGUUGCAACAGUUCCUACGGUAUUACAAGAAGUGCAAGUUGAGGUAAUACCGAAUGAAAGAUGUCAGAGAUGGUUUAGAGCAGCGGGUCGAAGGGAAACCAUUCAUGAUGUGUUCCUGUGUGCGGGCUAUAAAGAAGGUGGACGGGACAGUUGUCAGGGUGACUCUGGUGGACCUUUAACAACGAUGCUGGAUGGACGGAAAACUCUAAUCGGAUUAGUCUCUUGGGGAAUCGGAUGCGGUCGUGAACAUUUGCCAGGCGUUUACACCAAUGUACAGCGUUUCGUGCCGUGGAUCGACAAAGUAAUGACGUAAUAGUAAUAUUCAGAUUCAUGACUAUAUAUUAUUAUGCAAACAUUAAGCUAUUAUAUUUAAAUCUAUUUGAUGUUAUAAUAAAUUAUUUAUA